AUGUCGGACCAACAAGCCACCCAACCUGUCUGCCCGGUCUCGAGGGAAGCCCAGGCUGUUUACAUCUCCUGCCAACAUUUCCGACACCUCGUGCGAGAGUCUCGCGCGGUUGGCGCGGCCGCACUAGACGGCCGCGCAUUGCUCGCUGUCCUCUCGCAGCCGCUUGCGACGGACGUGGCCCGUGAAGAACUCUAAUGUGCGCCGGCAUCUCGACUCGACGUUCGCGUCCACCGACGCCACCAAAACGCACACUUCAAGACAUCCAGCCCCCAUCGUCCAUACACAUCUACGUGGGAAUGUUCCGCUCCAUCUCUUCCCGGCCACUCGCAGCUCCAGCAUGAUGCCAAGGAACGCCGUGCUCCACACAACAUCUGUCGACACCACGUGAUACAAUUGCUGAUAUGUGCGAGGCGCUGUCCAUCUGCAUUCACGAUCACGACAUGUGUCGA